AUGCCUUCAACUACAAUCAACUCUGCUCACGAUAUUUGUGUUCACGCGAAGUCCGUAAAUGUGCGUGACACGUCACGGCCGACAGCACUCAGCAAUUUUCAUGCUCAAACUGUGGUCAUUUUCUACUAUAACGUUAAAUAUCUGAUUGGUGCCGUUCAGUAUCUUCGUAUUUCAGAGAUUGGUGUGGGCCUCACCGCUUUCGGUGUUUUCUUCAUAUUUCUUGGAAUUUUGAUGUUUCUCGAUGCAGCGCUACUUGCAAUUGGAAACUGGAAUAGAUUCUUAGUGUGGUUGCGUGAAGUGUGA